AAUUCUCGCGGGUAACUGCACGAUAACAGUGGCGUCUUGUUGACAUCGGUAUUAUUGAAUUUGACACACGUUGACCACGGAGAGAAAAUGGCGACCAAACUUUCUCUUUUUCUGGCAGUUUUUGUCAUUGCAGUGCCGGCAGUAAAUUGCUAUUAUGGUUUUCCUCGCUACGGGGUGUGCUAUUCUGACAGUCAGUGCAUCAAUGACGGAUACCAUUGUUGUAAAGGAAAGGACUUCUGCUGUCCAUUUGGGUAUAUCUGUAGCGGAAGUAGAACCUGUCUCAGCAUAGGAACAAUCGUCGGUCCUAUAGUUGCCGUGGUCGCUCUGAUCAUCAGCUGUACCAUCGGAUGUGUGUGUUACCGUCGCAGAAGAAACCAAACGCCGCCACCAAUGGUCACUUACGGACAACAGCAGGGUACAGUAGCGUACGGACAACAACAGGGUACAGUAGCGUACGGACAACAGGCCUACGGACAAUCACAAUCCUCUGGACCGCCUCCAAAUUACGGACAAGCUACCGCUAAUUACGGGCAACCUCAGACUUAUGGGAAUAAUACGGGACAGUCUCCAUCCUACGGACAGGGCUAUAGUACCGGGGCACCUGUUGAUUACUCACAGACUGCAGAAAAUACACAGAAGAGUUGAAAUCGAGUGCCUCGGGUGCCAGCUAGAAGUGUUGAGACAGCGUACGUAAGGAGGUUGGAUAGUCAACAAAUUAACCGUCAGAGUUUCCCUCGAUUUUCAGAUCUGAAUUGUUUACUUAUAAACUAUCAUUUUGUAAACAAAGAUAGAGGAAACUUUUUGAAUUUUUGUUCACUUUGUAGUAGUUUGUAUAUAAAAAAAAUUCUUAUUU